CACUGACAGUAACUCAUAGACGUUCUCUUGAAACUUCAACUCCUCAAUACCCCAGAUCUUCUCUUUGGCUUUUCUCAUUUUUUGCUGUAGCUCAAUGUGUACAUUUUGUUUUUUGUUCAUCAAUGACUUCAAAGUUCAAUCUUCCCCAAGUUGUUCCACCUCCAGACCCAAAACUUGUUGUUAAUGGUGGGUCCAGACUCUCUGGCCAUGUCACUAUUAGUGGGUCCAAGAACUCAGCUUUACCUAUUCUUGCAGCAACCCUUUGCUGCUCUGGAUCUUCAAACCUUAAAAAUGUACCCUGUUUAUCAGAUACUAGAACAAUGGCUUCAAUCCUGGAGUCUUUGGGUGCUCAAGUUAUGAGUUUUGGUGGAGAUAUUGUUGUUAACACAGAUGGGAUUGUGUCUGUGGAGCCUGAUUUGAGUGAUAUUGGAAAACUUAGAGGUGGGUUUUUCGUAAUAGGGCCAUUACUGGCUCGAUUUGGUGAAGCUACUGUCGGGUUGCCUGGCGGGUGUGACAUUGGGGCCCGACCCGUUGAUCUUUACAUUCAUGGUCUACGUGCUCUUGGUGCUACAGUUGAGUUGAGGGAUGGAAAAGUGCAAGCACAUGUAUCAAAUGGUAAAGGUUUGAUUGGUGCAAGCUUCCGACUUGGCUACCCCAGUGUAGGAGCUACAGAAACUCUUAUGAUGGCGGCGUGUAUGGCUAAGGGAACGACUGUAAUCUCAAAUGCAGCUCAAGAACCCGAGAUCAUUGACCUUGCUGGCUUCCUAACAAAUUGCGGGGCAGUUGUGAAAGGAGCAGGAACAGACAUGCUCUAUAUUACUGGAAGGAGAAAGUUGUAUGGUUCUGAGUAUAGCAUAAUGCCAGACAGGAUUGAAGUCGGCACCUAUAUGUUGGCUGCUGCAAUUACUCGAUCGUGUAUCUCAAUUUCACCUGUGUCGUCCCUCAGCAAUUUAACUUGUUUAGUAGACAAGCUUUCAGGUGCUGGUUGCAAAAUCUUACAGCUCAGUGAUAACACUUUGGAGCUUUCAGCUGUACCUCGGACAAUUGGAGAUGAUUUGCGGGGGUUCAGUAUAAAAACAAAUCCAUUUCCAGGAUUUCCGACAGAUCUCCAGCCUCUGACAAUGGCAUUGCUAUCUACAUGCAAGGGCGUCAGCGUCAUUGAGGAAUCUGUCUUUGAAAAUCGUAUGAGCCAUGUAACUGAGCUACAGAAAAUUGGAGCUGAAAUUCAGGUCUGUGGAAGCAAAGCAAUUGUUUCUGGGAAGGGAAAUGCAAGUCUAUUACGUGGUUCUCAAGUUAUCGCAACUGAUUUGCGUGGGGGAAUGUCAUUGGUUUUGGCGGGUCUGGCUGCUGAAGGAAUUACCGAGAUCAGUGGAAUCUCCCAUGUUGAUAGGGGUUAUGAAAGUUUGGAAAUGAAACUUCAGGGUCUAGGUGCCAAUGUCAAAAGGAUGACUACCUGAUGAUGGACUAUAUUGGGUAUGUUGUUGUUGUUGUAGGAUGUACAAGCAAACAUCAAGUUACGAGAGUGCUUCAAAAGUUCAAACAACAAGUUUGAAGAAUAGCUGAGAAUGUUGAAAUUGCGAGAUUAUUCACCACAAUGGCCAAAUUUUGCAGCUUUAAACAAGCCCCAUUUGUCGAUUUCUGUAACUAGCUUAAUUGUCACUAUAAAUUGCCUCUCUACCUCCACGAGGUAGGGGUAAGGUCUGUUUUCACUCUACCCCUGCUUGUGAAAUUACAUUACUAUGUUGUUGUUGUUGUCACUAUAAAUGGUAACAGGUAGGAUCAAUUUAGCUUAGUUUGUGAUGAACGAUAAAUUGAUGAAUGCUCUUGUGAGCCUUAGGAUUUAGGGUUAAACUUAGUUCUCUUUGCCCCUUUUGAAUUACACCAUGUAUGGGUAAUUCUUGCAUGAGUUCUCUAUCUGUAUCUUUGCUCACUCCCACGUCCCAACCCUAAUCCAUUAUUCAAGAAAUCACUCGGGAUAGUGUUGUUUUUA